GCGUUGUAAAUUAGAUGCCGACGUUCUGCUAUUAAUUAGUUAUAAGUUCCUGUCUUGGGGCAAGUUGUUCGCCCCUUUCCUUUUGCUAAUUUCGAAAUUGGGUCACCGUGUGUGCGAUGCUACAUUCGCUGUUCGAGUUUAUAUGUCUCGUUUUUUUGGGCUGCUGCUGCCGAACCAGUUUGUUGACCUUGUUUUUCGGCUAUCCAAGUGCAAUUGGGGCUUGACUUUUGACAAUAUGUCCGACUUUUCUCUUUUAUGGGGAUAUACCGAAUGGGAAUUAUGAUCGGCGGACAUGCAAUGCAUUUGCAGCGUUGAUUUAUGUGGAAGUUAAUUCUUAUCACCACCUGGCAAGAAAAAAAAAACAUACACACUCACUCCUUCUUGGGGACUUUUCUGUUUUUCCAUCAACAAAGAACGGUUUCGCUUUUCGUUGUCUGGUUGUUUGCGUACGUGUGCGUGAAACGGGGGGUGUCUUUUUUAUAUUGAUUAAAUUAACUGUUAUUAAUUCCGCCAAGCGUCGCUACUCAUGUAAACAACAAACAGCUGUUUUGGGUACUAGAACCUUUAGUGUUGGAUAAUGCCCAGCCUUCAGAUCGCACAUUUCUACUUGGCUGCAAGAUAAGAUUUCAGAAUUACCAAAUAUUUUCGCGUUUAUUCAUAAUUCAAACAUCUUAUCCAGAUUUGCUUACCUGGUAGAAAUGAUUUGCAAAAAAUAUUAUCCUCUUUAAAGCCGUAAUCUUUCGCGCGGAGUAAAAUAAUCAUCUGAUAAAUCAGAUUUGUGUUUAUGCUAAGAUAAAAAACUAGUGAUUAAGUGUGUAAAUCAGCAAUCGUUAGUGUUUUAUUUAAAACAUCUUUAAGUCUGAAACAAAACCUGUGAAAAAAGUGAUAGAAGAACCGUUUUAGGCUAAAUAUGCCCGACUUUUAUGAGCUUUUGAAUGUGUCGUCCACGGCCAGUUUCGAAGAGAUCAAGUGCAGCUACAAGCAGUUGAUACUACAAUGUCAUCCCGACAAAUUGCGACAGCUCGCUGACCUAAAUCCGGGAUCGAAGAGCGAGAACAGCGACUUCAACGCGAUAAACGCGGCGUGGAACACACUCAAAGAUCCCAUCAAACGCAAGCUCUACGAUGCCGAAUUGCUGCAGUCGAAAUUCCGAGCGCACAGUAAUAUUUACGCCAGCGUGGAGCUAAAUGAGAUGCAGCGGAUCCUAGUUGAGGUCGAAGAAGACCACGAUGAGACUUCAGCACCUCCUCCCUCCGCAGAAUCUGAAGUCGAGGCAGACAAAGAGCCGGCGACAGUGUGGAGCUAUGCGUACGAUUGCCGGUGCGGCGGUCAGUAUCUGUUCGACGGACCCGGAGACGAUGAAUCACCCGAAGUGAUUGUGGAGUGCAACGAGUGCUCUCUGGUGAUUAUUGUGAAACAAGCCACAACAUGUAAAUAAAGAACAAAGUGAAAUAAUGGAAAUGCUGCCCAGCACAGCGCUUGUGGUUUAAACUAUUCGAUUAAGAGCUCUGUUGAAAUUAACUUUA